AUGCCUGUGAACAAAAGCUUAGAAGUAGAACUGGAACUGAAAAGUUUCAAGCAAAAAUUUGAUGCAGUGCAAAAUUUCCAUCUAAUCAAUGAAAAUUUCUUAUACACAACUGUGUUUCAGCAUCACACAACUGGGAUUAACUGUGAGCAGUGUGAAGAUGGUUAUUAUCGUGCUUCUGAUAUUCCGAGAAACCACACAAAGCCAUGCAGAAAAUGCCAGUGUACUGGUGUUGGUAUGACUGGAUUUUGUGUAAAAGAUGAUGGUCAUCUUAUUGAAGGAUUGCGACCAGGAUUCUUUGUUAUUUCCAGUUUCUCAUUUCACUGUGGGCAACCUGGGGACUGCUUCUGUAAAACUGGAUUUAUAGGUAAGAACUGUGAUAGUUGUGAUAUUGGAUAUCGAAAUUAUCCACGAUGUGAACCUUGCCCUUGUCACAGUGCUGGAACAAUUGGAGGAACAAUAUGUGAAGGAGAAUGCAUCUGCAAGGCACAUGUAGAAGGACCAAGAUGUGAUCGCUGCAAGCAAGGAUUUUAUCACUUAUCUGCGGAUAAUCCAGAUGGAUGUUCUCAGUGUUUUUGCUUUGGAAUUACAGAUGAAUGUACAGAAGCAGACUGGGGAGUCACAAUAGUCCAAAAUGUUGAGGAUUGGCGAGUCUCUGAUCUGAAAGGAAGUCGUAUUGCAAAGCCCACCCUUGAGAAUGGGAAUGCUGUAAUAGCCAAUGAUGAUGUAUCAGACAUGAAUACUUAUUAUUGGCUUGCUCCACCAGAUUAUCUUGGAAAAAAGCUUUAUUCGUAUGGAUCAGAUUUAAAGUUUACAAUAAGCUAUGUUGUAGCAAGAGGUGAUACUUCUGGUACUUUCACAGAAAAUGCUGAUGUUGUUUUAGAGGGUAAUGGCCAUCAAAUUGGAUAUAACUGGGGUGUGCGACCAGAAUAUGAUAAUGUUGCUAUCUCUGUACCAUUGCGUGAACAAGGGUGGUUUCUUUUAACACCUCGUGAAGAUGGCACAAAUUCUGUCAGUAGAGAAGACUUCACUUUAAUUCUGAAUAAUUUAACAAGACUGCUUAUUCGAGCAAAAUUUCAUACAGAUCAGAUAGACUGCAGGCUUCAUAAUAUUGGUAUGGAAAUAGCAGCGAAGGAUUCAAAAAGUUUGAGAAAAAUAGGAUCAGUAGAGAAGUGUGUUUGCCCUCAAGGCUAUGCUGGUUUAUCUUGUGAACUUUGUGCACCUGGCUACAGAUCUGUGACUGGUCCAAAAAUAGGUCAUAUUUGUGAAAGAUGUGAUUGUUACAAUCAUGCUGAAUCAUGCGACAAUGUUGCUGGUCGGUGUGAGAACUGUAUGCACCAUACAACUGGACGAAAAUGUGAGCGCUGUGUACGUGGAUAUUAUGGGAAUGCAACAAUUGGUACACCUGAUGACUGCAAACCGUGUGCAUGUCCACUACAAAUACCUGAAAACAAUUUUUCUCCCUCUUGCACUGCAAUUCAGUCUGCAGCUGGUGAAAAUGAUUAUAUCUGUGACCAGUGUGCUGAAGGAUAUGAAGGAAAUAAGUGUGAAAGAUGCUCAGACGGCUACUUUGGAAAUCCUCAAGUUCCUGGAGGAUACUGUCAGAAAUGUGAUUGCAGUGGAAAUGCUGACACUUCUGCUGAGGGUUGGUGUGACAGUUUAACCGGACAAUGUCUAAAAUGCCUGGGUAACACAGGUGGAUGGAACUGUGAUGAAUGUCUUUCGGAACAUUAUGGCGAUGCCAAACAACGCUUUUGUCAACCUUGUGCCUGCAGUCCACUUGGUUCUAUAAGUCCUCAGUGUGAUGUUUCUUCUGGACAGUGUGUUUGCAAACCUGGUGUUAUUGGCAGAACCUGUAAUCGUUGUGCUGAUGGUUAUGGAAAUUUAGAAGCUGGCUGUGAGCCAUGCAAAUGUAAUAGAAUUGGAUCAAGAUCAGAAAUCUGUGAUCCAGUGUCUGGCUAUUGCAGUUGCAAGCCUGGAGUAUUUGGUAUUAUUUGUGACUCAUGUUUAGAAGGAUACUUUGGAUUUUCGAUGCAAGGUUGCCAAGAAUGUGAUCGUUUGGGAUCUUUAAGUGUUCAGUGUGAUGAGAAAAAUGGACAGUGCUCAUGUAAGCCUUAUAUUGUUGGGAGAACAUGUGAUAGAUGUGAAAAUAAAUUUUUUGUAACAGCAGAAGUUUACUAUUGGUUAAAAUAUGACUAA